AUGGUGGGUGCAAGGAGCACGGAACGGUUGCAAAGGUCUCUGAUGGUUUGCCAGGACAAAUUUGAGGCAGCCAAGCUCCAACAAAUCAGAACUGAUUCCAUGAAGGAUUUGGAGUUGUGCGUUGACCAGUCAAUCCAGGACAGCAUCACGGCAUUGCCACAUCUUGCUGCAAGAUUGAAGUCUUCUCUCACAAUCAAUGAUUAG